AUGUCUUCCUUCAAAGCCUAUGGCAAAGUGAAUGAGCUGGAGCAAUCCCGGCUCGACGCUCGGCGGAAGACGCGGAGGAGAGUCGUCAUCAUAAGCCUGUCCUCCAUAGUUCUUGUGUGUGUGGUGGUUGCUGCCGUGGUUGGAACCACCAUUCAUAAGAAUAACUCUGGUGGCAAACAAGGCUCAAGCCUCUCUACUUCUGUGAAGGCUGUUUGUGAUGUGACCUUGUACCAAGACUCAUGUUAUAGUAGUCUUGGCGCUCUGGUUAACUCCACCAAUGCGAAGCCUGAGGAUCUGUUCAAGUUGGCGAUUCGAGUGGCGAUCAACGAGUUGUCGAAAGCCGCAAGUCGUUUUUCGGGUGAUGGGAUUUUGAAUGGGACUUCCAACGACACAUUGUCUAAGGCAGCUUUGGAAAAUUGUCAAGAGCUUUUGAGCCUGGCUUUGGAUCAUCUCAACGACUCGUUAUCGGAUGACAAGUCGUUGUUUGAUGUGUUUGAUGAUCUUAAAACUUGGCUGAGUUCUUCAGGCACUUAUCAGCAAACUUGCAUCGAUGGUUUUGAUGAUGCAAAAGCAGAACUCAAGGAUAAAAUUGUCAGUUACUUGAAGAACUCUACUGAGUUAACUAGCAAUAGCCUUGCUAUAGUCUCUUGGAUUUCGAAAGUCGUUAGCUCUGUGAAGCUAAGGCGAUUAUUGACACACCCUGCAACUACAGCUACAGCCAGCUAUAGCGAGGGUGUGCCAGAGUGGCUGCACCCGAGGGACCGGAAGCUACUUGAGAGUUCGGAUUUGAGGAAGAAGGCAGACAUUGUGGUGGCGAGCGACGGCAGUGGAAAAUACAAAACAAUUCAUGCUGCACUCAAGGCUGUCCCUGAUAAAAGCAAGAAGAGAACAGUCAUCUACGUCAAGAAGGGGGUUUAUUUUGAGAAUGUGAGAGUUGAGAAAACCAAGUGGAAUGUCUUGGUAGUCGGCGAUGGAUCCACUGCAACCAUCGUAUCUGCUGGCCGCAACGUUAUCGAUGGAACUCCCACAUUUUCUAGCGCCACAUUUGCCGUUUUUGGGAAGGGCUUCAUUGCUCGGGACAUCGGGUUUCGUAACACUGCAGGAGCAGCUAAGCACCAGGCAGUGGCCUUGAUGUCGACCGCUGACCAAUCCGUCUUCUACCGGUGUCACAUUGAUGCAUUCCAGGACACUCUCUAUGCUCAUUCCAAUCGCCAGUUCUACCGGGAAUGCAACAUUUAUGGAACAGUUGAUUUCAUAUUUGGGAAUUCAGCAGUGGUGCUCCAAAACUGUAACAUAAUGCCUAAGAGACCCAUGGCUGGCCAACAGAACACCAUCACUGCUCAAGGGAAGAUUGAUCCCAAUCAGAACACAGGAAUUUCAAUUCAGAAUUGCUCCAUUUCGCCUUAUGGCGACUUGUCGUCUGUCCAAACUUAUCUCGGUAGGCCCUGGAAGAAUUACUCAACAACUGUGUACAUGCAGACAUUCAUGGGAAGCUUGAUUAAUCCAAGUGGAUGGCUGCCAUGGGUAGGCAAUACAGCACCCGACACCAUAUUUUACUCCGAGUUUCAAAAUUUCGGGCCCGGUUCUUCCACAAGGAAUAGAGUUAAAUGGAAGGGAUUGAGAACCAUCAACAGUAAAACAGCAGGAAAAUUUACAGUGCACUCACUUCUCCAAGGAAACAAGUGGAUCUCUGAUGCGAGUGUUACCUAUAAAUCCAACCUCUGA